ACGAGGACAUGGUACCCAGUCCGAAGGUCGUGGAGUCUAUCUUGGAAGCUUGUCGUCGGGUCAACGAUUAUGCCUUGACCAUCAGAUUUCUGGAGGCACUUCACGCCAAGACUGGCCAAGAUGAGGCGAUUUUUGAAUGGCUGAUGGCUCAAGUUAAGCCGACUAUGGAUAAGCUAGGGAUUAGCACACUGAAGCAGUUGGGAUAUGACAAACCAGAGCUGUGGAUGGAGGAUAACGACGAUCUAUGAAAACACCUCUUAAACGUAAUUAAUCACCAAUUUUUCAUCAUGCCAAUAAUUUUUUGUCAACGUCUGAACUGUGCGACAAUAAAGGAAGGGCUUAUCCAUUU